AUGCUCAAGCGCUUCCGACUGUCGAAGUCAAACAGCAAGAGCGAGCCGGAGCGAAAGACGUCGGAUGCCUCGAGCUUAGGCUCGAGUUCCGAUGUCCCUCUGUACUCGUCUCGCGGACGAGGGGAGCUCCUCGCCCCGUCCAGCGUUGGUAGCGCUCGCGGUCGCAGUCCCUCUCCCACGCCACCCGUGCUUGGUCUCCACGUCGUGCACGACCCAGGAUACGCUUCGUCCGACAUCAUCUUCGUCCACGGUCUUGGGGGACACAGCCAUCGAACGUGGACCAAGAACCAUGACGCCGCGCGAUUCUGGCCCGGUGCUUGGCUGCCUUUCGAGCCCGACGUGUCUGCGACGCGAAUCUUAACAUUCGGCUACAAUGCCAACUGGAAAGGGUCGACGAAGAGCAUCUCCACCGUCACAGAUUUUGCAAAGGAGCUGCUCUAUGAAAUGCGCUUUGCGCGGGACACGGAAGGUGCGUGUCUAAAUGUCGGCGCGCGACCCAUUAUCUUCAUUGUGCAUAGCAUGGGCGGCCUUGUCGUCAAGAAAGCAUAUCUCCUCGGCCUCCACGACGAGACUUAUAGGGAUGUCGUCCGGUCCGUUUCCGCGGUGAUAUUCUUGUCGACGCCUCACCGGGGCACCAACUUGGCAGACACGCUCAACCGCAUCGUGUCAGCGACGAUGCAGGCGUCCAAGAGUUUCAUUUCCGAUCUCAAUAAGAGCUCCAUGGCGCUCGAGGAGCUUAACGAGCAGUUUCGACAUAUCGCUCCCAGUCUCUCCAUAUGGUCCUUUUACGAAACUCUGGCGACGACCAUUGGACCGCGCAAGUUGAUGAUCCUGGAAAAGGAUUCGUCCAUCUUGGGAUACCCGACGGAAAUUUCGUGUCCGCUGCAGGCCGACCACAACAGUAUAUGCAAGUUUGACAGCCCCAGUGACUCGAACUACGUCAUAGUCCGGAAUGCUAUCAAGUCGCUGGUGGUGUCUGUGCUGGGCGACGACACUGUCGCAUCCGCUGAGCCAUCGAAUCGGUCAGCCAUCGAAGCCUUCCUUCGCCGAUGCGUUACAUCAGAGGACGAUUAUAGCUCUCUGCGGAGGCAGUGGAUCCCCGAGACGUGCGGAUGGUUUCUUGACGACUCGCAAGUCGCUUAUUGCCUCGAAGAUCCUCCCACCUCUCAAAUUCUGUGGUACAGCGCACCGCCAGCCAGCGGUAAGUCGGUCCUGGCCGCAUUUCUGGUGGACCACCUGCGUGCGUCGAGGCGCAAGUGCCAGUACUUCUUCUUCAAACAUUCUGAAAACUCGAGAAAGUCGGUUGCAAACGCACUGCGAGCUCUCGUUCUCCAGCUCACUGCAGAUAUGCCUGACUUCAAAAGGCGCCUGCUCGCGUCAUCCCUCGAGAGCCUCGGCUUAGAGUCCAAUGAUCCUAUGGUCAUUUGGCGGAAUACAUUUGAGCGCAUCUUGUUCAACAUGGAAGCCUUCGGCCCAAUAUACUGGAUAAUUGACGCUCUAGAUGAAUGCGAUGCACCGAAACCUUUCCUCGAUUGUCUGGCAAGUUUGACGGCGUCCAGACCUCCCAUCACCGUUGUUGUUGUCAGUCGCAGUACGGACUCGCUCGCGAUAGCCUUCGACCGAGCAUCAAAAAUUUUGCCGGUACUGCGCGUCGGGACUGCAGGACAGGCGCAUAGCCAGCGAGACAUUGCAGUAUUUGUUUCACGAGAGAUUGAACAUCUUCCGGGAAACCCUGCUUUUCGUCAGAAGCUUCAGAAGAAAAUCCUGAGUCGUACAGAAGGCAACUUCCUAUGGGCCAAGCUCGUCAUGAAUGAGAUCAUGGAAUGCCACACAGAAGAGAGCAUCGAUGAGGUUCUCGAUGAAACACCAGACGAUAUGACUGAGCUGUACCAGAGAAUGGAGCGAAAUCUUUUGAGCUCGACUAAAAAGGCGAACAAGCCCCUCAUCCGAGCCUUGCUCGAGUGGACUGUGUGUGCACAGAGGGCACUUACCGUGACAGAGCUGUCUCGUGCGCUUCGACCAGACUUUUCCGGCUUUCUCGAUCUGCGACGGACCAUCGCAACGGCUUGCGGGCAGUUUAUUCAAGUCGACAGCGGCGGUAGAGUCUCACUGCUGCAUCACACAACCCGAGAAUACUUCAAAGGCAGCCAGACCAGCGAGUUCCACAUAAGCAGCCGGGACACCCAUGUGAAGCUCUUCAGAAAGGCGAUUCUGGUCUUCGACGAUCCCACCUUGAGGGUCCAGCUCGUCCAGCACCAGCAUGCUCUGCAGGCAGGCGAUCCCUUUAUCUUCUAUGCCGCAGUGGGCUGGCCAUAUCACCUCGGUCAUUGCACCUCAAAUUCUUCUGAGCUCCUGGAUACUAUCGUGCGCUUCUUGCGCAGCACCUCCGUGUUAUCCUGGAUACAAACCUUGGCCCUGUUGAAGCGCCUCGAUGUUCUGGCCAAAGCUUCCAAAGUUUUGGGCCUCGUCGCUAAGAGCAUUCGCAAGCGAGAUGCAUCUCGAAACCCUAUGCUACACCGGAUCACUGACCUUGAGUGCGUCGAUAACUGGGCAGUUGACCUGCUGAAAUUGGUGGGCAAGUUUGGCCGGCAGCUCACCACAGAUCCCACCGUCGUCUACGACGUGGUGCCGGCCAUGUGCCCACCAGCAACAGCCAUACACCAGUAUUGCUACGAUGUGAGAAACUCAAUCGUUAGGCUCUAUCAAGGAGCACAAGCAGGCUGGAAUGACAACCUUGGAAGACUGUCCAUGGCCGGCGACGCCCAAGCUUGGGACCUCUGCUGUGCAGCCAGGACCGUCGCCGUCCUGGCUUCCACAAAUGUCGUCCACAUCUGGGACUCAACAAACUUCGCAGAGGUGGGAAGGCUGGCAACGUAUGGACUCAAGACCACCAAGCUUUGGACACUUCCAGCUGGCACGCUCCUCGCGUCAGCUGCGAGCCCGGCGUACAGCAAAGCCACUGCCAUGGCAUUCUCUGUGGAUAACUCACGCCUCUUAUGUGGGAGCGACGACAAUGCUAUUCGGGUGAUUGAUUGCAACAACUUCGGAAAAGGUUGGGAUUUCCUCAACCCGGACUUGCUGAAGGAAACAUCUCAGGCCGAUGGCCCGUUGAACUCGCCAAUGUGCCUAGCGUUUAGCCCUGAUGGCGAGCAUCGGCGGCCGUCGACGAACUGGUUCGCCGUUGAUCGUUUCACCUGGAACCCAAUCACCGGGCACAUCAUUGGCAUCUAUCGCGAUGGCGUUGUCUUCAAGUGGCAUCCGCUCUCUAACGAGACGGUUGAGUCGCACCGCACGGCCGACGAGGUAGCGGCAGCGCCGACGGGCAAAAUGUUCGCCACAUCUAGCAGCGACGGCGCCAUCCGUCUCUGGAACUUGGCGUACUUUACCGUCGUGUACCAGUUAUCAUCCGAAGAUCUUGUUACUGGCCUCGUCUUCAGCCCGGACAGCAGGCGAUUUUACGAUCUGCGUGGCAAAAGCGUCAAUGCGUGGGAGCCAAACUGCCUGGCGCGUGCGUUGCAGGAAGGAGACGAGCACCUGAGCGACACCAACAGUGAGGAUCAGUCCGUGACGGCCACUUCGAAGUUCUCCGAAGCGCGUGUGAGCCAUGCCGAGAUGGUCACGACAGUGUGCUUGCCACCCGACGAUCGGUAUGGUCCGCUAUCGUACUGCGCUGGCUACGAAGAUGGAGGGGUCUUACUGUUCCGAAAUCGAGACGCCGGGGGGACCGAGAUUGCGCGAUUCUACAACUUUCUCGAUGUCAGUCACAUUGCCUGGAGCCUAGACGGUAGUUGCGUUGCUUGCGCGGACCUCGCGGGAGAAGUUCAGGUGGUGCGGCUUGAUUUGCACAGCGGCAGCGUCAAGCCUCAGGCCCUCACAAGUCCACAAGUCAACCUCGAGGACAGCAAUAUCCAGGGGCUUCUAUUCAGCCCUGAUUCAAGUGUUCUUUUCCUGUGGACAGAGAGGCAAGGUCUGUUUUGCGCCGUCAAUACGGGCGAGUCGCUGGGCAGCAUCGAGUUGAGUGCAGAACGACGAUACUGGGUUUGCCACCCCAAGUGCCCGCAAUACUUGCUAGGCUUUGGACACACAGAUCUGCUGCACUAUAGCUGGAAUACUAUGAGCUUGGAGAAAUCGGUCACAUUUGCAUCUGAGGAGGUCCGUUGUGGACGUGGAGGGGACCAGAGCAACACCGUUGGGGAUGGUGCAACUAGCAUGAGCUCCUCGCCCGAAAGCGUGCUGCACGCCAUUCAAAGUGCAUCCCACUUGCUUCUCUUGUCGAAGGUAUCAGAUGGCAACAAUGGCAUGGUGACGAGGAUCCUUGUCAUCGACGACAUUGCGAGCCUGGCAGGCUCCCAAGCGACGGCCUCAAACGGCUUAACAUUCAAGAAGCGAGACGACUCCGACAUCAGUAUUGACACAUCCGCGGAAUAUACCUCCUAUACGAGCUCGCAAAUCAGACGCCUUCGCCUCCUGCUUGGGCUUGCGACCAUUACCUCGCCGCUCACGGCCACCAUCUACCUGCCACUGCUGCCGCUGCUGCGACGCCAGUUCGACGCCUCGGCGCAAGCCAUCAAUCUCACCCUGACCCUGUACAUCGUCUUUCAAGCGCUCUCUCCUGCGCUCUUCGGCCCGGCUUCAGACGCGCAUGGUCGCCGUCCCGUCUUCCUCUUUACUCUCGCGCUCUACGUCUUCGCCAACCUGGGCCUCGCGCUCAAUCAGGAUGGAUAUGCCGCCUUGCUCACCCUCCGCGCCGUCCAGAGCCUCGGUGCCAGUGCCGCCUACGCCCUCGCUUUUGGCGUUGUCGCAGACGUCUGCCCCCCAGCCAAGCGCGGCGCGAUGCUUGGCCCAGUAGGUAUGGCAUUGAAUCUCGGUGCGUGCGUAGGACCGGUCGUCGGCGGCGCCGUCGCGUACACGCGAGGCGACCACGUCUGGGUCUUUUGGGCACUCCUAAUUGUUGGCGUGGUGCUGCUCCUCGGUGUCGGCAUGUUGCUCCCCGAAACAGCGAGGGGACUGGUCGGAAACGGUGGCGAUCCGGCACGAUUUUCUCGCUGGCAAUUGAGCUGGUUGCAGCUUCUGCGACAUCAUGUGCGAAAGAGUAAGGCGCUCAAAUUCCCAGAGAAGAGAGCCUGCCCGCAGCAACCCUCAGUGAACAAAGCAGGACCCGAGGUAAAACGCACCGGCCCGUUCCGUAAGACUCUUGAGAACCUUCUCGCAUGCUUCCGCAUCAUUCUCCACCGCGAUACUAUCCUUACGCUCUGGCUCCACGGAUCAUUCUAUACCGUCGACUAUUCCUUUGUUGCCGCGGUGCCUGACAUCUUCAAAGACGCGUACGAAUUCAACGAGCUGCAAAUCGGUCUCGCUUACCUCCCGCGCGGCGUAGGCAUCAUCUCUGGCAGCUUCUUCACUGGACGCCUCAUGGAUCGCAACUACCGCGCUACCGUCCGGGAACAAGGCCGCGUCGACACACAGACUGGACAACAGGCUGACGCGGUGGCCACAGGAGCGCGUGAGGGAUUUCCCAUCGAGCGGGCUCGCUCGCGGAGCAGCUACUGGAUGCUGGCCGUGGCAACGGGCACCAUGGUCGCGUACGGUUGGGUCAUUGAGCGAGCAGUCCAUCCGGCGGUACCCCUGGUGCUGCAGUUCAUGCAGGGCUUCUGGGGCACCUUCUUCUACACAACGUACAGCACGCUGCUCGUAGACGUGUAUCCAGACAAGUCGAGCACGGCGGCGGCUGCGACGAGUGUCACACGGUGCGCCAUGGCGGCAACCGGCGUGGCGGUUCUCCAGCCUCUGCUGGACGCAGCUGGUCGAGGCUGGUACUUUACCGUGCUCGGGGUCUGGAGCGGGGGCCUUGGAGUGGUGGCAGUGAUGUUGCUGCGGAGGAAAGGCAUGCAGUGGAGGCUGAUCCGAAAGGACAACGCGUACACGGAAUAA